AUGCAGAUCUUCGUGAAGACUCUUACCGGCAAGACCAUCACCCUUGAGGUCGAGUCGAGCGAUACCAUCGACAACGUCAAGUCCAAGAUCCAGGACAAGGAGGGCAUCCCCCCUGAUCAGCAGCGUCUGAUCUUCGCUGGCAAGCAGCUGGAGGAUGGUCGCACCCUUUCCGACUACAACAUCCAGAAGGAGUCCACCCUUCACCUCGUUCUCCGUCUUCGUGGCGGUAUGCAGAUUUUCGUCAAGACCCUCACUGGAAAGACCAUCACCCUUGAGGUUGAAUCCAGCGACACCAUCGAUAAUGUCAAGUCGAAGAUCCAGGACAAGGAGGGUAUUCCUCCCGACCAGCAGCGUUUGAUCUUCGCUGGUAAGCAGCUGGAAGAUGGUCGCACUCUGUCCGACUACAACAUCCAAAAGGAAUCCACCCUCCACUUGGUCCUUCGUCUGCGCGGUGGUAUGCAAAUCUUCGUCAAGACCCUCACCGGAAAGACGAUCACCUUGGAAGUGGAGAGCUCAGACACCAUCGACAACGUGAAGAGCAAGAUCCAAGAUAAGGAGGGCAUUCCACCCGACCAGCAGCGUCUCAUCUUCGCCGGAAAGCAGCUUGAAGAUGGCCGUACCCUCUCCGACUACAACAUCCAGAAAGAGUCCACUCUUCACCUUGUCCUUCGUCUCCGUGGUGGUAUGCAGAUCUUUGUCAAGACCCUGACUGGCAAGACGAUCACGUUGGAGGUGGAGAGCUCGGAUACGAUCGACAACGUCAAGAGCAAGAUCCAAGACAAGGAGGGUAUCCCUCCGGACCAGCAGCGUCUGAUCUUUGCGGGCAAGCAGCUCGAGGACGGGCGCACGCUGUCUGACUACAACAUCCAGAAGGAGAGCACGCUCCACCUGGUUCUCCGACUCCGUGGUGGAAACUAG